AUGAUUACGCUAACAAGUACCGAAUUGAACUAUCUUAUUUACCGCUAUCUACUAGAAGAAGGAUAUGAACAUACAGCAUAUACUUUUGGCCGAGAAAGUAUGAUUGAAGAUAUUCCUGAUAUUCCACCCAUUCCACACGAUGCUAUCAAGCAGUACAUAACUAAAGGAGUUGAAAUGGAGUAUAUUGAAAAACACACGGAUAAUCAGAAUAGAAUUAGAAAGUGUGUAGCGCAUUACAGUAUAUUUACGCCGCAUAAAUGUGUUGAGCAAGUUAUAGAGAUAGAGCCGACUUUUCUCCAAUCUCAAAAGGGAGAUAUCAGUCUGUGUGCUUGGGCAGCUAAUGGUGAGCUAAUUACUGGCAGUCAGAACUGUACUUUAAGACACUGGUCAAUGACGCAGGUUCUAAGAGAAUGGGAGAUUGGUCAGAAUGAAGGCAGUUCGCAUGGUAUUACUGGGCUAGCGAUUGAGUCUAAUUCGGUCUUUGGACGACUGCCUGUAGAUACAACAAUUGUUGGGGCUGCGUAUACUGGAGCUAUUUUAGUGGCUAAAGGCGACCGAGAAUGGCGUAGUGCGACUGCUCAUAAGGGUCCUGUGGUGGCCAUUUCACUUAAGGAUGAAGAGCUUCUCACUGGGGGAUGGGAUGGUACGUGUAAGCGCUGGGAUAUUGAUGAAGAUACUUUAGUUGAGCGGCAGAAGUGGUUGUUGCAUAAAGGUCCUAUUAUGGACAUUCUUUCCUUAGAUAGUGGGUUUGUAACUUGUGGUGUAGAUAAGACUAUUUGCUGUGUAGAUAGAACCAAUACAGUUACGCGGCUAAAUGGACAUACGGAAGAGGUCAAUGCCAUUCGCUGGGCGGGGAAUACCAUUGUUUCGUGUUCUGAUGAUAAAACGCUUAAGCUUUGGCGGUACGGCGUGUCUACUCCAUUAGGAACUCUAUCCGGACAUAGUAAAGAGGUUUAUACGAUUGAUUGUUUUGACACCACUGUUGCUUCUGGGUCUUUUGAUUCAACGGCUCGUUUAUGGGACCUAGAAAGACAAGAGCCAUUAGCUAUUCUAGAUAAGCAUACUAAACCUAUUUAUUCUGUUGCAUUCUCACCUGAAGGUGAUUUACUGGCUACAGGCGGUCUAGAUGCGGUCCUUAGACUUUGGGAUGUUCGUUCUAAUGAAAUAGCCAAGGAGUUCCAUGUUGAUGCUGGUAUUUAUCAAGUCUCAUUUAGUACUAAAACCGGCCAACUAGCUAUCUGUAGUUCAGACCCCCGCCCGAUCAUUCUAGAUAUAAGAAAAUAA